GCUAGAGGUCAGGAGGACUUAUGAGAGAGGGGGGUAAGUCGUUAUCCAUCUUUGGAGGCCGGGCCUCACAGACAGCGGAGAGAGAAUAAGGGAGAGAGAAGGUGUUCUUUUUGAGAGUGUGAGGAAAGGCAAGAGGAAUGUUCGUCCAAACGUGAGGAGAGAGCGAACCCCUCUUGAGAGAACUGCUAACACCCCUUCCUCCGGCAUGGCAGACAUCACACCUGCCCAAUGGCAGGCCAUGCUAGAGGCAACACAUCUUUCGAAGUAUGCGGUGGCAACCUUACGGCUCGAAGAGCAGACGCUUCGCGUCUGAAUCCCACAAAGGCGCGAAAGCGCACGAGAACGAGAAACCGUUCUUCCAAAAGUUUUAUGAUGAUGCCGUGCAGAGGGAAAGGGAGGCAGAGGCAGCAGCUAGAGCCACAAGCAUAGCUGCCCAGGUGGCCCUCCUUCUGGUCCCGGAAGCCAAUUCUGACCGGUUCCAGGAGAGGCUAGCUGCUGUCGUAGCAGCCUUGGUUCGACUGCGAAACUUAGAAGACCUUGAGUCCCGUGUAACAGCACUGGAGCAGCGGAACCAAGAGCUACAAGCGGAGAUAAUCAGCCUCAAACAGUCUCAACUGUCUGCCCCCCGCCCUCCUAACCUUCGACCUGCUGCACUCCCAGUCUCUCAAUCUAACACAGUCCUCAUGGCAAGAGCAAGUGGAACUGUGACGAGCGCAGGAACCGGUGCCAGCUCCUCGAGCGGCAGCGCCGGCAGUUCUGCACUAGUCAUAGUCCCAAAUGCAGGGACAUCAGCCCAAAACGCCACAGUCCUUACUGGCAUUCAGUACAACGGUCCCGUAGUGGACAAGCGGACGGCCACCUUGCCAUCCAAGUACGACGGGAAAGCGGAUAUCACCUCUUGGAUUAGUUCCAUGCGCUCAUACUUCGAGGUCAUGCGGACGCCGCAGGAAGACCGAAGCAUGAUCAUGGGCACUAAUACUGAGCCCGCCGUACAGAAUCACAUUGAGCUCCAAGCUAUUUCGAUACACCUGCAAGAUCGCUACAAGACCGCGUUUAAGCCACGGUACGGGCAUUUUGAGUGGGUCGUCAUGCCUUUCGAACUCACCAACGCCCCGGAGACUUUUCAAGUGGCGAUGACCAAUGAGUUUCGUGCAAUGCUAGACCGGUUCGUGCUGGUCUACUUGGACGACAUCCUCGUCUAUAGCCGAACCUUGGAGGAACAUCUCGAGCAUCUUCGACGAGUGUUGGAGAUGCUCCAUCGCGCCAAGUACGAAGCCAACCGCGACAAGUGCGAAUUUGUACGUCAAGAGUUGGAAUACUUGGGCCAUUUCGUCACUCCACAAGGAAUCAGUCCGUUGUCGAACAAGAUUCAAGGCAUCCAAGAUUGGCCGGAGCUGCGGAACGUCACGAAUGUUCGUUCGUUCCUUGGCCUUGCCAGCUACUACCAACGUUUCAUCAAAGGGUACUCGAAGAUCUCGGCUCACUUAUCCAAGCUUCAAUGCGAGGACCGGUCAUUUGACUUCGGGACGGAAGCGUGAGAAUCAUUUUUGGCCCUCAAGGCUGCAUUGCUGUCUGCGGAGGUCUUGCGCAUAUACGACCCGCUAUUACCAACG